AUGGAAGUCUCGAAGUCUGAUGUGGAUAGGCCUUUCAAACUUAAUGGACUUUUUCUUGCGCCAGAUGCCUCCCAGUACAUUUUGUCAAUUGUUCAGCGCGUUGAGGCAGCAAAACGUCAGAAAGUCCUACGGAAGCUAGUUGAUACUAUUCUGAAGCAAAAAAUCGAUAACAACAAAAUAUCAAAAGUACUGUGUGAAGCAGCUGUCAAGGAAUGCCGUGCGGACCACUGCACGGACAACACCGUUUUGUAUGUUAUUGAUGCUUUUUCGGUGCCUUAUUUCCGUCAUUCGAAGUCUUUGAAUAAGUUCGUUCCUUUUGUUCCUGAAAGUGCGGCGCAUGAGCGUUUGAUAUUUCCGGUGACAGCAGAUGCGAAGGCAUUUUUAUAUUCACACCGCUACGAGGUUAUAUAUCAGAGAAUGCUACGACAUCAGGUAUUCUCACAAACAGCCUCUCUGGAAGGAUCAUCCAACGCAAAUUAUCGUCUUCGACCGAUUGAAUACUUACUAGCAGCUGGAUCUAGAAUAGACUCAGUUGUUGUACUAGGUUUAAUCAGUCAACUUCGUGAAGGUGAUUGGUAUGCUGAAGAUCCUUCAGGAAUGGUGAAACUGAAUUUACAACAGGCUAUUUUUCACGAGGGACUGUUUCCUGAAGGAUCAGUUGUACUCAUUGAAGGUUUCUAUGAUGAAAAAGUAUUAUAUGUCACUGGGAUGGGUCUUCCUCCAUGUGAAUCUAGUGAAACAACACGUCGUGCAUUUUCUGUAGGAAAUCCGUUUGGUGGAGGUCCACCAGACGCGCUUGCAGCUUCUCAUGAUGCAAAAAUGCAUAGAUUACUAACAACUACUCAAGCUGGUUCAGAUGCUAUGCUAGUAAUUCUUGGUGAAACACAUCUUGAUAGAGCAGAAACAUUGGAUCGUUUAACCACCUUAUUCGGUGGUUAUACAGCAUGUGCUCCAGUUGCAUUUAUUCUAAGCGGAAAUUUUUUAAGUCCAGAUUCUGCUGGAAAAACAUGCACUGAACGUAGAAUAAUUCUAAAAAGGCUAUUACGACAGUUAAUCACAAUUUUCAAGAACAACUUUCCAGAUACAGACUCUCAAAAUACUUCUGAAUCGAAUCGAUCACCAGCGCUGAUAUUAAUUCCUGGUCCAGAAGAUCCUGUCUAUGCUCCAAAAUAUAUUUUACCACGUCCUGGUUUAUCGAUCGACUUGAUUUCCAAUGAUGGAAAUCGUUCAUCUUCAUCGACUUGUCCAUCAUGGUUGCAUUUAGCUUCAAAUCCAUGUCGUUUACGUGUAUAUACACGUGAAAUAGUGAUUUUCCGUGUAAAUUACAGUCGACUAUUGGUUCGGCAUUGUGUUCACUUGCCUACAAUAAACACAUUCGAUUCUCAUACUGAAACAAAGGCAACUGUAGAAGAUUCAGUUGCAACUGAGAAUUCUGAGGUAAUUGACAUGGAUAGUACAACUGUUGAUGGUGGUGCACAGUCAGUUAAAUCAAAAACAACUGCAAAAACUGAUAAAACCCCUUUCGAGCAUUUAGGUCAAUGUUUGGCACGUUGUUUAGCAAGUCAAGCUCAUCUCCUACCAGUUUUAGGUCAUAUAGCUCCUGUAUAUUGGUAUCAUGAUCAAGCUUUAGGCUUACAUCCUUUGCCUAAUCUAGUAGUUGCUAUAGAACCAGAACCUUUAGCUGAUUUGAAUGCCUCAGAACCUGGUCUUGUUACUACUGGUAAUUGCCGAUUUAUUAAUCCUGGUCGAUUUGGUCAUAUUCAAUUUUCGAGUACAUCAAAACGUCGUCAAAAUAGUUAUACAUUUAAAGUUUAUUAUCCAAGAACUGGAAUUGUUGAAGAUAGUUGUUUACCCCCUGAUUAGAGUAUUUUAUAAACAUGAUC